AUGUGAACGAGUGUUCAAGCCUUCCUUGUCAGAAUGGAGGGCGCUGUGACAACGGUCAGGGCCGGUACACCUGCGAAUGCCGUCUAGGAUAUUCCGGCGUGAACUGCGAAAAAGUUGGUUACUGUGAUUUAGACGGGGAGUGGUACACUGAUUGCAAUGACAAGAUAACCAUCGUGAAGACAUCAACCGGUCUUCUUCUUGGAGAUUAUAUGACCAAUGAAGAGAUCCUUCUUGGCUCCUCAGCGCCCACAGUUGUGGUGGGUUACGCCAACCAGAACGAGGACUUCCCUACCUUCGGGUUUAUGGUAGGGAGAGACAAUGGGUUAUCAACUACCAGCUGGUCCGGUCAGUGUCACCUCUGUGACGGGGAAGAAGUCCUGUAUACGACCUGGACCAACACCCGUCAGGUCAACACGUGUUUCGAAAUAAAACGAUCGACGCGGUAAGCUCUCAAAAUUUCACUUUCGUAUAAUA